AUGCCUCCUGUCCGCUUACACGGUGUACGCUCGUCAUGGAAGCGGCAUUUACCGAUCCUUGCUAAACUUCUCAUUGGUCUUCCCGUCCUUUCCUACUUUUUCUGGAACGUGACGAGCAUCACGUUUAUGAUUCAAUCAAGAAUGUCAUCACUGCGUCAUGAGGCUACACGUGGCGACAGCGACGAAGUGCUUGACAAUCAUUCAAAUGAUGCGUCCAAUGACACCGAUGGUACCAGAUGGCUGCAUCCGAGUGCAUACGAGAGAGACGACGGUUGUGAUUUUUCAGCAGCGGUGGCACGAUUUAAGCCGGAAGAGCUGGAGCUCAAUUGCACUAAUAUCAAUCAGCUAGAAGAAGGUGAAUUUUUGGGCAAAGGCUUUUGGCGGGAGGUGUUUAAAUCGAAGUGGAACGGACGAGACGUGGCUGUAAAACGUGUCAAGAAGCAUUUGCUUAAUCGUGCGGAUAUCAUUCCUCGCCAUAUUGAGGAGUGUGCGUCCAUUUUUUCGAUACGCAAUGAGCCGAAUAUUGUGGGGCUCGUCGGGUGGUGCAAGACAACUGUCGUAGUUGAGUAUAUCCCUUACCAGCUGGACACGCUAUUGUUCGAGUCAGAGGAACCAGUUUCUGUUCAUCGGGCUCUUGAACUUGCAAGGGAUGCUGCCCGAGGUGUCGCUCAACUACAUAAUGCACCGGGUGGCCCUUUCGUGCAUACAGACCUACAAGCGCGUCAAUUUUUGAUAGAUGCCAACGGUACAUUGCGACUAAAUGACUUUAACCGUGUUAAGUAUUCUGGACCACGUCUGGUAAAUGGCACUCCAACAAACGAAAACUGCACAUUUCGUACAUCAGUCGCCAAAGGCAAGUGGCGAUCUCCCGAGGAGUACAGUCGUCGCAAACUUGAUGAAAAGUUAGAUAUCUACAGCUUAUCAAUAGUGCUGUGGACACUGCGCGCGCGUGAGAAGCCAUUUGUUUAUUGGGAGCGAGAAACUGUUUAUGAGAAAGUACCGUAUGGUGCACGACCACCAGUGGAAGCGAUGAGUGACUAUCCGCUGGAAAUGCAAGAAUUGAUCGUCAGGGGUUGGGACAAUGAUCCUAAAAAUCGGCCAACUGCUAGUGAAAUGGCUGAAGAGAUUGAUCGCAUUUUAAAAAGGUUUGAAAACAACCAAUAG